GGAGCAACCCGGCGCCUCCGGCGAACCCCAGCCCUCCACCGCGAGGAAGCACGGACCCCCGCACCCGCCGCCCAGCCCUCGCCGCCCCUCGGCCGCUCCGCCCGCCGCUGCCCGCAGGACCCCGCGGCGGGGGCGGCCGCCGAGAACACCUCCCGCCAGCGCCGCCCCCUUAGCUGCCCGAAGCCCGCCUGCGCCGCCACGCGCGUCCGGAGCUCACCUGGGCCGGGGCGCAGGCCGCUCCCUGCGCCGAGCCCCGCGCGCGUGUCCCGCUCGCGCUUCCCGCGGCGGCGGAAGUUUCGGGAGUCGCGUUUAAUUCGGGACCUCGGCGGAAAGGACCUCCUGGGUUUUUUUCGUUCCAAGAUGGCAGCCUCCAGCCGCGCACAGGUGCUGGAUCUGUACCGGGCGAUGCUGAGGGAGAGCAAGCACUUCUCCGCCUACAACUACAGAACUUACGCCAUCAGGAGGAUAAGAGAUGCCUUCAGAGAAAAUAAGAAUGUAAAGGAUCCUGUGCAAAUUCAAGCCCUAAUGAAUAAAGCCAGAAGAGACCUUGGAAUAAUCCGUCGACAGUCCCAUGGACUCGCCUUCACAGUCUGUCACAAAUUCGAGGUAACAUCACCAGAAAGUCCGUGGCUCAGCAGGCUUCAUCUGUAAAAGGUACACAUUGGCCAAAUAUAUUCGACUGACAAGCUCAUCAUUGAGAAUCCAGAGAAGCCCAGGACCUAGGGAGCCGGGACCAGCCGCCACCGGCAGCCGUGGACCACUUUCAGCAUCCAUCCUGCUUGGCAAGGGCACUCCCAGCAGACCACACGUGGCCUCUCGCAUCAGCUUUAAAUGGCUUCUCGCUCUGCCUGCCCUCUAGGAACUGAUGAACUGAGCGAGGCUCCCGUUCUCCUGCAGCCUGAGUGACAAGGGGUGACAAGGGGUGGCUGUCUGUCCUUGGUUCAAGUGUCAGAAUGAAGAGCUGGAGCUCCUCAGGAGAAAGUAGUGCCUCACCGUGUCUCCUCCAGCCCACCCCUCCUUGUAGCUCCUCGGCACUUGUACACAGCAUUCCCAGAGUUUGUUUCUUGGUCCUUGACAAUAAAGAGAAGGUCCCUAGGCCUUCUAUACCAGACGCA